CCCAUCAAACCUUUCUACACAAACACUCAAAACAGUCCCCUCUCUCUCUCUCCCUCUCUUUCUCUCUCUCUCUCUAUAUAUAUAUAUAUACAUAUAUAUAGCAAGAAAUAGCAAUGGCUAAGCUUGGUUCAAUGGUGGUAUUGGUGAUCCUUGUUAUAUCCAUGCUUUCUGCCACUAUUCUGGCUUCAAAGACCAGGAACCACAAUGGUGGUUCAGGUUAUGGUCCUGGAAGCUUAAACCCCACACAGUGUCUGCCACAAUGCACAAGGAGAUGUAGCCAGACACAAUACCACAAGCCAUGCAUGUUCUUUUGCCAGAAGUGUUGCAAGAAGUGCCUUUGUGUUCCCCCUGGUUUCUAUGGCAAUAAGGGGGUUUGCCCUUGCUACAACAACUGGAAGACCAAGGAAGGAGGACCCAAAUGCCCCUAAUCAUCCAUAAUCCAUUAAUUAAUAAUUGAUUUCCCCAAUUAGUUUGAUGCAUGCAAUUUAUAGUUGCAGUUUAAUUUGCUUGGAUAUGUGUUUUCCUACUUACUUUUUGUUCUUCUUUUGUUUUAAUUAUUAUUAUUAUCAGGUCAUUGGUUCUGAUGUGACCCUUAAUCACUUGUAUUAAUUGUAUUGUAUGGCUCCUUUGGGUAAAAAUAAUAUGUAAUACCCAAGAUGAGAGCUGAUGUUGUGUUGGACCAGCUUUUGGUCUUAGUUAUUAAUUUGAUAUAUAUGUUUUGUUAGAAAAUU